CUGACGCAUCAUUGUGCGCGAGAAGGCGACAUAGUCUUUAUAUAUGUCUACGGUCCAGUCAAUGUGAUCCAUGAUCAUUUAGGUAACCACAGAGCUGUUGUGCAUACGUGUGAGCAGACAUGUCACCUAAAGAGGACUGUAAAGUGAAGGAGAGUCCCGUGGAAAAAAGCUACAGGACGCCAGGGCUUAGGGGUGCGAGGACUACCUCACUGUUCCGAGCGGUCAACCCUGAGCUCUUCAUCAAACCUAAUAAACCAGUGAUGAUGUUUGGACUGGUGACCAUGACUCUCUGUAUUGGAUACCUGGGCUAUCUGCACGCAAUGAAAGAGAAUGACCAGCAGCUUUAUGAAACCAUCAACAGUGAAGGGGAGAGAUGCACGAGGAGGAAGACGUCCAAAUGGGAGUGAUGGCUCAUCAUUUUCUAAAGUACUCUUGAGUGUGUUUGUGGGUGUGUUGAUGUGCUGUAAGAACACAGUGAAUUAAAAACCUGACUUGACUCAA